AUGGAUGUGUUCAAUGAUGGACCCAGUGUCACUGGAAACGCAGGCAUUGGAGCCGAGUUUGAGACCUUCUUUUUCAGCUUCCAAAACUCCGCUUGCAGCCUUGAAGAUACCUUUGCCGCAAAACGUCAGACAGUACAGGGUCGAUCAGGACUAAACUAUCUGCUAUCAGUAGACACCGGGGCAUUAGAACUUGGGGGAGGGAAACUUAACCCUGAGUAUGUUCUGGACGGCAGGAAUAUCAACGUUGGAGAUGGAAGCGCUGCGGCCGCUGGUACAGCAAUUAGAGACGACUUCAUGAAUUGGACACCGUGGGCUGAGACCCCUCCAAACCAAAUUACUAUCGAGAACUUCCCGCAGUGUAAUCCUUGGACCAUCGUCGGCUUGACUCCAACCACAGACAAAGUUGGUAUGUUCUGGGCACCACAGAUAACUGCACCUAUGCCUCUCGAAGCGCUUUACUCUCUUAUGAAAGAAAAUGUACAAAAAACAAACACCAACCCAGACACCGAUCCCAACCGAAACAUCCUGAACGGCGCCACUUCAAUCACAACUGGCCAAAAUAUCCAACUUGUGACCAAGGACUACUUUGUGUCUCCCUCGCUCAACAUUAAUCCCAGCACGAUCACUGACGACAUACUUGGCUUCUGCACCUUGGUCUUAUCCUACGCGAAAGCUGCAAACCUCGAGCAAGAUCCGGAUGUGAGCCCAAAGCAUAAGAUACCAUUCAUGCCACGAACAGAAUUCAACACGAUUUAUGCGCAAGUCCGCUCAAAAUUCGAGAUCACUCUAUUCGAUCUACAAGUAUUCGAUAUAUUUAACAUACUCGCAUGCUACAAGACGGAUUCGAAUCUACAACUCUCGAUUGAUAGCGACUACUGCACAGGUUCCUUGAGCAACCCAGUGCCUGGUACGAAAUUCGCAGGUUUGCAGUACACAUAUAGCGGCCAGGGUACCCCUAAUCCCGCCAACCCGCAAACCGUCAACAUCAAGGACUGGAUUCAAGACAUCGCCACCGGCAACUCCGCCCUAGAUUUAUUUUCAGCUUUCGAUAAGAACUAUGAUUCAUCCAUCGGUGGCUUGAAUCAAGCGACUGAAAAGAUGUUCAGUUCACAGCGCGCUGUACCUUUGUUUGAGUUCCGAGACUUAAAACCUGUUCAGACGUCGGGAUUUCCGACUUUUAUGAGCAACGUAGACGCAACGAUCCAAGUACUGCACCAGGAAUUCGCCGCUCAACCCGCGAUGAGAGUUAGAGUUAGACGCCAGAGCGACGGUGGCAGCUGCGCCCUUCCCAGUACUACAACCGGGAAUCCGGCAACGCCAACAACCACUGGUGACCCCGAUUGUGGCAAUCCAGGUCAGACUCCUUGUCCUACUGAACCUGAUUGCGGUCCCAAUCUCGGCCAGGUUCCUUGUCCUCCUGGACCUGGACCUGAUUGCGGUACCAAUCCCGGUCAGACUCUUUGUCCCACUGAACCUGAUUGCGGUCCCAAUCUCGGCCAGGUCCCGUGCCCAGCACCCACACCCACACCAUCACCCACCACUACAGGCACAGGUACUUUAGUUACAGCUUCAGCAACAACAAUACAACUUCCGGGCGCAUCCGCAACGACGUGUAAUGAUCCAGAAGAGUGUGAUAGACUUUCAAAUGAAGCGAGACCAUCCUGUCAAACCGCAGCUGAUUGCACGGCUGGGUGUGCUCAAUCGCUUUCCAACAACACGCAAGCUCUCACCGUCGGCUUUGCCUCAACUUGCGUCAACCAGGCAUUUUGCACCUGCAGCAUCGAGGCUGCCGAAAUCGCCUCCGAAAUCCUCAUUGCCUUAGGUGACGUCGUGUGUGUCGUCUGGAACGAAGCCUUUCAGGGUGCCGCCGCGAUCCUCGCAUUUGUUGUCCCCUAUUUGGGCGAGGUUGCUGAAGGAGUUGAUGCAACCGAAUUGUUCGAGGCAGCUAACGAGGUAUUCAAGAAGGGCGCUAAGGAUUGUAACCUUGCUUGUCCUGGGCAUCAGUAUACAGCCGUUGAUCCUAAGGAUCUCAACUCAAUGCUCGGUAUUAACGAAUGUGGUGAUGACGAACCCACGGAUUCGCCUGGGACUUAG